AUGCCUAAAAAACUAUCAAAACAUGUGGGUAGCUGUGUUGGAUACACAACUGAUUUAGCUGCUGAUCAUCUACCUAUAAACAGUAGAAGUUCCAGAAAAACCGGCAAAUCCAAUGGCAAAACCUUUUAUGACGAUGAAAAUUAUCGCUGGAUGCUCGAUUGUCUUGACGGGGGCUACGAAGUCUGUAAAGAUUUCUAUGAAUACAUGCAAGAUUAUAAUAAUCUUGAGAAAAAACAUAUCCAUAAUCUGGAUUCACAUUCAACAAAAUGGAAUUCAAAAAUCCAACAGCAAUCACCAUAUUCGUCUUAUCAUACAACUAAAAAUGCACAAUUACAACUUGUCGGUAAACCAACAGAAGAAGCUAAAAUCUUACGGGUUCGCCAUGCUGCUAUACAAGACGUUAUUGAUAGAUAUCUUGCAGAAGUCGAAAUCAUAUAUCCAAGAACACUUUUCGGCACUAGUCAUAGACAUUAUCGUAGCAGUGCAAUGAAAGAUCUAUUUAAAGCUGCACACUAUUCGUUAUCCAGUUUGUCAGAUAACCUAAAAAAAUUACGUGAACAAGAACAAAGUAUUGUUAAUAGUAAUAAUGAUGGUUCCUAUGUAGGUAACAAUUCAAAUGCAGCGACAACAAAACAAUUAAAGCAAAUUCGAGACAAAAUUGCUCACGCUGAAAAGGAAUAUCACCGAGAGCGUGAAAAUUAUUGUAUGAGGGUACGAGAUAUUUAUGAACAAUGUCGAAUAUUGGAAAAAGAUCGACUGAAUUUAAUUAAAGAAACUUUAAUUGAAUUCACUAAAGUUGCCUAUUCAUCAGAACAUGUAAAUCAACAGCGUCGAGUCUACGAAGAGCUCAUGCAAUAUCUAAAUGCUGAACAAGAUACUGUCGCCGAUUUGAAUUUUUGGGCACAAAAUUAUCGAGUUUAUGAUUCAGAAAUCGACAUGCCAUCUAGAAUGAAUCGCAAGCGUGAUGAUUCCGAUAAUGAUAGUAUCUCUGUUCGACGAAUGAGAACAUCUUCUGGAAAUCAACAGAAGAAUGGCAAACACACAGAAGAAAAUGUGCAGCAAUCAGAUAGUGAAGAUGAACCAGAACGAUCACUAGCCGACGGAACUGCGGCAAGAAAUGAAGUAAAAUAA